GUGUACACGCGCGCGUUCUCUCUCUCUCUCUCUCUCUCUCUCUCCCCGACCAUUGAUACCCCAAAACCAUGUUGCUCCUAUCUCCGACGCCGGCCCAACCCAUUCCACCAUCACAACGCCGCCGUUUCGGCUCCGCCGCUGCCACAAAGACCCGCAUUCCUACUCCAUUCAGGGCGCUCUCCAUGGCCAAGGAUACCAGCGAUCCGGACUCGGACGUGGGCCUCGCCGGCAAGGCCGCCAUCGCCGGGGGCCUGGUCUCGACCCCGGUAAUCGCUUGGUCCCUCUACACCCUCAAGACUACAGGAUGCGGCCUCCCGCCGGGCCCGGGCGGCUCCAUCGGCGCGCUGGAGGGCGUGAGCUACCUGGCGGUGUUGGGAAUCGUGGGCUGGUCGGCCUUCACCAAGUCCAAGACCGGGUCGGGCCUGCCCAGCGGGCCCUUCGGCCUUCUGGGCGCCGUGGAAGGGCUGUCGUACUUGACGCUGCUUGGGAUCGCCGUCGUCUUCGCGCUGCAGUUCUUCGAGAAGGGGUACAUCCCCGGGCCGUUGCCGGCGGAUCAGUGCUUCGGAUGAGGCUGACCUCGCUGUCUCUCUCUCUCUCUCUAAGAGCGUAGAUGGUGUGGACAUGAGCCAUUUUCGACGUUAUCGUGUCUUUGUGGUGGGGAUUGGCCCUUGGACGAAGCCUUGCAUCCCCAGUUCCACUGCUUUUGUUGGUGACUAUUGUUCUAUUUCUUAAUUGGCAACCCGCAUUUUACAUUGUUUACUAAGGAUCGUGUCAACGAAUGCCGUCAAAUGAUAACCGGUAAUUUGUGGGGGAA